CUCUUCUCACUUCUCAAUCGUUCGAUCCUUCUCUAUCUCCAUCGCCAAAAUAACAAUUCAUCAAUCAACCAAUCAUUCGAUCUUCUCUCAAAACUCGCGCCAAAUACAAAUCUCUCUCUCUCUCUCUCUCUCUCUCCUGUCUCGCCAUACCAGAGGGUUCCGUCGACAAUGGCGGAUGCUCCGGCGAGUCCGGCCGGCGUUCAGAGCCCUCACUCCGACGUCCGCAAUCAGGACCGCUACCUCCCCAUCGCCAACAUCAGUCGGAUCAUGAAGAAGGCGUUGCCUUCCAACGGCAAGAUCGCUAAGGAUGCCAAGGACACCGUUCAGGAAUGCGUCUCCGAGUUCAUCAGCUUUAUCACCAACGAGGCGAGUGAUAAGUGUCAGAAAGAGAAGAGGAAGACGAUCAAUGGUGAUGAUUUGCUUUGUGCAAUGGCUACUUUAGGGUUUGAAGAUUACAUUGCUUCGCUUAAAGUGUACCUAACUAGGUACCGGGAGUUGGAGGGUGACACGAAGGGAUCUGCUAGGGGAGGUGAUCGAUCCUCUGAAAGGGAUAUAGUUGGUGCUCAGAUUGAUCCAAAUGCACUGUUUGCUCAUCAACAGUCCUUCACACAAGGCAUGAACUAUUUGAAUUCCCAAGUGUGAAUUCCAACUGAUCUGAAAUUUGCAGGCACGACGACAGCGUCAAAUUGUUUCUCCCAUUCAAUGCACAAAGUAGGGAGAUCCAGGUGCUGCUUCACUGACUCCUUACUAUUCAACACUAGUAGCAUCAUUUUAUAUAGAUGGUAUUAAUAUUGGUCAAUAGAAACGAAUAUAAAUCAUUUUAUAUAUAAAGAUAGCUUAAUCAAAUUUUGAAUACAUAUGAUUAAUAUUGGUGAUUUUGAAUAUCAUCAUUUUAUGGUAUAAAUGCUGUUCAACACUAGUAAUCUCAUUCAUUCUGAAAAAUUUUAUGUCUUAAUCAAUAUUGAUCAAAAUCAUUUUUCUUGCACUAAUCAAUCAUGAAAGGAGACGAUGGUGGGGGAACUACUAAAAAUCCUAGAAGCAAGCCCCUAUUUUUUAUUUUUUUUUUGGAAUUCGGACCAAGACAUUGUGGAUUCAAAUUUUUUGGUUUGUGAUGUUGAUGAGGCUUUGUGAAAGAAAAGCUUAGUGUGAAGAAGAGGAUCAUAAAUUGAUUGGGCUUAAUUAGGGCAACAAAGACUCAUUGGGCUAGACCACAAACUAUUGGAGCUAAGCUUUAGGGUCAAGUUAAAAUGUUAACCAAUUCAUUUUGGUGGGGCUGGUGGCAGCCCAGUUAACCUUGUUUGGCCUAUACUGUUGUAUAUAGAUUGAUUAUUUACUUGUACCAGUGCAACAUGUUUUGGUGAUUAAAUUUGAGUAUUAAAUUUUGAUUUCACACUUGUUUUUUUAUGUAUUGUAAUGCAUUGGUGAUCACAUCGGAUGUAUUCAA